GUUAGUCUUAUAUUUUGUUGGAACCGUAAAAUCAAUGUAUUCUGGUACGGACAAGUAGAUUCUAGUUUCCAUUCUCGUGAAAAAUGGUUUCGAUUGAUACUUUCCGCGAGCAGUUCGACGAGCUGGGGAUCGAUCCUUCGGCAUAGGUCGUCGACAAAUGCAUUGAAAUCUGUACCCGUUGCGACAUCGAAGACGCGACGGAAUGCAUAGAAACCUGGAUGGCCUUCAGUGUUUCGAAUUUGGGUGGCGCAGGACCCACAGUGGAAAACCUUCGGGACAUGGAAUCGCACGAGUUAGCAAAUGAGGCGUGCAAAACAACGGUCUCCCCGGUGGUAACAACUCCAACCGCAUCGAGCCGUGCCAGGCCAAGAGAAGAUCUGGGUUCACCGAGACCUACUGGUGAGAGUUCUCCAGCUGGCCUGGUGAACUACAGCAACACGGACUUGGACGCGGAGGAAAGCGAAGUGCUCGUGUCGUACGGAUGCGUAACACCUAAGGCACAGAGAUCGGCAUCCAGCUUGGGGAUGAUCUUUACCAAACGAUCACAGGACCAGGAUGAAUCGAAUAACUCCGGAAAUGUGGUUUACACCUUCGGCAACGGUCAGCUGCUCAAGCAAAUCAAUUGGUCGUCGACGGACGUUGACCAACGCGUUCCGUUAUCCAUCAAAGUUCCUACCUUCGCCGGUGAUAACCUGGAAGAAGGUGCAUUCGAAGCUGGCGUGGGGGAGCUCAUGAACGACGACUGCCAGUACAUGUUCGACUCCAGCUACCUGCGAACUCUCAUCCUCAGAGAUCGGAUUCACGAAGGCUGCAAGCGAAUUUGCCGCAGGUUGGCCUCUCUUCGACAGGAAGAAGAGAGUGGUCUGCCUCAGCAGCUUGAUGAGGCUGCAGGCGAAGAGCUCCCGGUUCCUAAGCAUGAUGGAGGCGCAAUCCUUGAAAAGAUUGCAAUUCAUCAUGUUGAUUAUCGCGUGUCCAUCAUGAAGGCCUGGUCCGUAUUUCCGGGGGAAACCGUUGUCGUGAAGGUGGUCAAUCCUUGCGGAAAUGCAUUUGAAGUUCAAAAAGCUCACUACGAGAUAAACCUAGAGCUUCCCAAAGCGCCGAUGAAACUCGGAAAGGAACUAAGCAUGGUGAUCGCGUCAGGUCCUUACACUGCAAAGGAUGAUCUCUUGUAUGAAAAGCUAUGUGAUUUGCUGACAUACUGUAAGAACAAUUGUCCCGAUGUAUUGAUCCUGACCGGUCCGUUCGGUGAUAUCAGUAAUCCCUUGUUUAGCACCAUCGCCGAAACCUACGAUGAGUAUUUCGAAAAACUGAUCAUCAACAUCAUGAGUUCCAGACCACAACAGACCAACACCAAGAUGUUGAUCGUGUCGCAUCUUGAUGACCUUAUGUCCAUGUCCGUUUACCCUUCCUUCCCGUACCAGCUUCACUCAGCAACCUUCCCCAACCUGCGAUUCUUGCCGGAUCCCUGCAUUGUUUCGAUCAUCGGGCUGGAAAUCGGCAUCACAACCACUGACAUCAUCAAGGAUUUGUCCGAGGAUGAAGAGAGCGGUGGGCCGAAGGGCGAUCAAAUCAAGCGUGCGUUUCCACCACAAGACGUUUUAUCCGUUGCAUCCUCCGUCGGUAAACCUGCCGCUUGAUAUAGACCUGUUGAGCGCAUUCGGCAAUAUUCCGCGGGUACCCAAUAUGAUGAUAUGCCC